CCUGUUUGCAGCAAGAUGCCUUGUUUUGCAAAACUCCUUUUAUUAAUCUUGUGUUUAGUUCUUCUCGUGGAAAGCAGAAAACACAGGAGGAGGAGGUGGACAAGCCAGCUGGAGGUGCAGAAGGCAAGCCUCGUCUACAGGAGGAAUCACGAUGUGACCAAAACUUGGAGAGGAAAGACGGAGCAGCUUCUUAGAGUCAACGACCAUGACUUCAGCAUGCGACCGGCUUUUGGAGGUCCUGCAAUUCCUGUUGGGGUGGAUGUGCAAGUUGAAAGUUUGGACAGUAUUUCUGAGGUUGACAUGGAUUUCACCAUGACUCUGUACUUAAGGCAUUACUGGAAGGAUGAGCGCCUCUCGUUUCCCAGCACCACCAACAAGAGCAUGACCUUUGAUGGACGGCUGGUGAAGAAGAUCUGGGUCCCUGAUGUCUUCUUUGUGCACUCCAAAAGGUCCUUCAUUCAUGACACCACCACAGAAAACAUCAUGCUACGAGUGUUCCCUGAUGGCCAUGUCCUCUACAGCAUGAGGAUCACAGUGACAGCAAUGUGUAACAUGGACUUCAGCCACUUCCCUCUGGACUCUCAGACAUGUUCUCUGGAGCUGGAAAGCUAUGCUUACACUGAUGAAGAUCUGAUGCUGUAUUGGAAAAAUGGGAAUGAAUCUCUGAAAACUGAUGAAAAGAUUUCUUUGUCUCAGUUUUUGAUACAAAAAUUCCACACAACAUCCAGACUGGCUUUCUACAGUAGCACAGGUUGGUACAAUCGUCUCUACAUAAACUUCACUUUACGUCGACACAUCUUCUUCUUCUUGCUCCAAACCUACUUCCCUGCCACCCUCAUGGUCAUGUUGUCCUGGGUGUCUUUCUGGAUUGAUCACCGAGCAGUUCCUGCCAGAGUCUCUUUGGGAAUAACCACCGUGCUGACCAUGUCCACGAUCAUCACAGGGGUGAAUGCCUCCAUGCCCCGUGUUUCCUACAUCAAAGCAGUGGACAUUUACCUGUGGGUCAGUUUUGUGUUUGUCUUCCUCUCGGUGCUGGAAUACGCGGCCGUGAAUUACCUGACUACGGUGCAGGAGUGGAAGGAGAGGAAGCUCCGGGACAAGUUUCCAUGUACGUGUGGAAUACCUCAUUCAAAAACUAUGAUGCUGGAUGGAAACUGCAGUGAAUUCGAUGCCAACAGCCUGACAGGAUAUACAAGAAACCAGAUAGUCCCAGAGGAAGAAAAGCAAGAAAAGAUAGUUGUGCAUUUAGCUAUGAGCAAUGCAUCUAAUUCAUCAAGGAAGAGAGGCCUGAAGGGCCAUGUGGGUUUGCGCAUCAUCCAGAACACUCAUGCAAUUGAUAAAUACUCAAGAUUAGUAUUUCCAGGCACCUAUAUAUUUUUUAAUUUGAUAUACUGGUCUGUCUUUAGCUAA